AUGGAAGCACGGCUCACAGGAAACACUAUUCGUGCUUUAAAAGCUAAUUCAAAUGCACAAUUGACGGAGGAUGGCAAAGAGUCUGGUAUCACCGACGAGAAACGGAGGCGUGUUUUAGAUGCUAUCAAAUAUAUUGAUUGUGGUUUAAAUGAAUUACCAAUUGUAAACAAUGGUAGGGAAGAUUAUUUAUGGGGAUCAACAGUGCUUGGUGAAAAAGAUAAUGAUAGUACUUCCAAAAUUUUUGUUUAUCAGUAUGCAGUAAGAAAGAUUUACAACUAUGAAAAACGUCUCAUUACAGUAAUAAUGGUAAAUUUAAUAGCUGACGAUACAAAACAAUAUAUAUUUCAAUAUGAGGGAAACGAUAUUUAUUAUAAUCGUAUGGUAUCAACCGCAAAAGAUUAUAAAAAUGAUACAUUGAGCACAAUUCAAAAAUUUAUAAUAUCAUCUAUUUACGAUCAUGAAAUAAUCCAUGCACUAAACUUACUAUCACAAAUUAAUAUGAACUGA